AUGGUUUGCUACACCUAUCCAGGUGCCAUUUUUUCGGACUUGAUGUUUGUGUCAAAUGCUCCACAGCGGGCCCUAUCCAAUAACAACAUCCUCUGCUGUUUCAGCUUCUGGUAUUUGGUGGUGCAAAACUCCGAUGCUGCCUACAAAUUCUUGCAGCAGAAACACGUCUUUGUUUGGCUCACCACCUGGUGGUUAGCAGAUGCCACCCGAGCGUCGCUUCUCUUUUUGGAGCGUGCAGUGGCGGAGCAGCCAGUGUUUGCGCGGGGAGUUUGGCAGGCCUUCGUUUGGUGCGGUGCCGGCCCUGUAGCACGUCUGAUUGAGAAGAGCAUCAGAGGGCACCCGGUGCCAUCACUAGACAAGGUUCAGCCAAACAGCAUGAACUUCUUAAAGUUUCCCUUGAUCGCCAUGUUUUGGAACAUGAUCUUCUACAUGUGCGUCCUGGCAUUUUUCACCGAUUGUGGCUUCCUGAGCACUGAGCCCAAGCUGGAUAUGGUCCAGUGCGCUGCAGCACACAAGGACUUCUAUGGCUUUUGCACCUACUUGCCUUGUGUGCUUCAUCUCUGUCGUGCCUAUUGGGCGAUGUACUCUCAGGGAGGUGUUGUGCCCUGGCUGGAGGAUCAUGAUCUGGAGGGCGGGCGGCGGGGUAAACCCAGUGAUUGGUUUGUCUUAUCCGAUUAA